UGUUGUCUAGGACAAGUUGGACGCAAUACGGGAAAUUGCUAGAUCUUUCUCGUAGAGACUGCACAAAUAGCGCAAUAAUGGGUGAAGAAACCGGGAAUGUGACACAAAACAAAGUACGAGCCAAAACAACGAGACCAAAGGCCGUUCACCAAUGGACUGUCGGCGACGUACAGAAAUGGUACGACCGACACUGCGGGGAAUAUACUAAAUACGUUGGACUUUUUGCAGAGCAUGACAUUACCGGUCGAGCUCUGCUCCGCAUCACAGACUCAACCCUGCAGCGAAUGGGCAUCACGGACAAUCGAGAUCGCGAGGCCAUUUGGCGCGAGAUUGUGAAGCAGCGGCUUAAAACGGAUAUUAUGGAAAUCCGUGAUAUGGAACGUCUCAAUAUGCACUAAAUGUGGCCAUAUGAGGUGGCCAUGGACACAAGUACUCAGGAAUGUGAAAUUAUGAUAUUAG